AUGUCCCUUCCGUGUGGUCCUUGCGCGGACCAGGACGGGAGGUCUUCUGCCGCUGUCCCCUACUGGAGCGAAUUUGCCCAAGGUCCGAUGCAGCCGCAACAGGCGAACGCCUUCGGCUGCAUGGCUAACUCGCGACAAACCUCUCAGUCGAGCGCACCCAACGGCGAUGUCGCUGCGCCACGCGGAGGCGUCUUUUCACCUCAGCGACCAACAGACAACAUGACUCUCUUUUGGUCCAGUCCGUCGUCAAGCGAGGCUAUGCUCUAUGCACACCCCGCCUCCGACGCUGCGAAGUCCGCAGCGGCAGGGGGCAUGCAGGCCCCUGGCGUGCCAAGCUUCGGUGUUCAGGAUCAGCGUCUCUCAUCGCGGCAGCCUCCCCCUCCCGCGCGGUUGACCAGUGGGAAUCUUCCAGGAGAUUCCUUUGCGAAUCCUACCCUGCCCGCGGGCAUGCAGCCCAUGGACCAGCUGCCCUCCGGUGCCGGGCUCUCGCGGCUGCCGCCUUUCAUGGGACAGGGCGUCGCCGCGAGUAGCGGCCCCGUGGGAACUUCGCAGCAGUACGUCGGCAGUUUCAUGUCGAGUGCCAGCCCCGCCGAAGACAGCCACAGCACUGAGGCGAACUCUGUCCUCGAGCUGAGCGCGGACGCGCUGGCGUCUGCGGAAAAGUCGACAGAGAGGAGCCUGAGCAACUCUGCGCAGUCCAGGACCCCUUCGACGGAGUUGGCCGCUGAAGCCGCCGUGAAGCCAAGUGGAGGUAAAGGCGCAUCUUCCACGUCCGGGCCAGCCACUGGGAGACGCUCUCGGAAGCAAACCUGCUUCGACCAUCUCUACAACGACGCACUUGUGAGACGCGCACGCAAGCAGAAGGAGGAGGAGGCUCUUCAGUCGAAACCCCGAACGGGACCGAGUCGGACGCCACAGCAGUGGGAGCAAAGAUGGGCAGCGAUGGUGAAAAAACACCAAGACAAACUCAUUACGAACGAGAACCUGAAGCGGAAGUUGGAAAUUAGUAAAAUCGAAGACGAGAGCAGGGAGUGCACCUUCAAGCCGGUCACGUGGAGCUCGCGGAAGCCUUUGGCUCAGCAGAAGGCGUGCCUCCUCAAGAUGAAGCAGCUCACCGAAAAACAGCGAGAGCUCAAGAACGCGGUCUAUGUCUUGCAGCAGGAGGAGCGUGAAAUCGACGAACACAUCGCGAAAGAACUGCAGGACGACAUCGCAGUCGUCUCAGAGUCCGGAAGCGAAGAGGAAGUACAGAAGAUCCUGCAGUUUUACCGGCAACUCCGAGCGGAGGAAACCUCUCGACUCCGCUCCCUCAAGCUCGACCUCGUGUCCCAGGUCUCCAGACUGGAGCAACAGUUCAAGAAAACAGCGGCCACGGCGAAUCUCGAUGAAGCAGACACCGCCGCCACCGUCGGGUUUGACAUGAAGCUGGCUGGGCUCGUGCGCGAAGAAGUCCGAGACGACAUCGACGCUGCCAACUCGCUCCGCCUGGGCGCUCGCUUUCGCACACUCCUGGAGGCGGCAACGGGUCAGCGCCCCGUUCACCCGAGUGAGGACGCUCUGUACGCACCCGUCGAGCCCUGCGAUUCCUACCGUCGCUCCAGCAGCGCCGGAGUGGGCAGAAGGACCACGUCGCGCCCGCGGUGCACGCAGCGCAUACGCUCCCCACUCGCCUCGGCUAGGACUGGCACGCCUCGCUUCACCUACACGCCCUCUCAAAGCGACGCGCGAGACAUUUUGAGCCGCCCCCUGACGAGCCGCGCUGCCGGCCCCCGCGAGGCUGUGCCGCCGGCUCUCAACACGCGCCGAUCAACGCUAGCCGGAGGACACAUCCUCUCGACUGGCCGUGGUGGACCCCAGGAGAACGCCAGAGCUUUGGCAAUGAGCCCCAGAGCCACGGGCUUCUACGGCAACGCGCUGCCGUUCCCUCACGCUGCGCCUUCUGCCGGGUACCAGCACCCCGAUAUGGUCCGCGCUGCAGCCCCGCAGAACCUCCCGGGCGUCGCGGCGGCCAACGGAAACCUGGGCGGAAAUGCCGCAGCCCUCGCCACCCCGUGCACCGCCAUGGAGCCCAACAGCCAGGCGCGAGUUCCACCCUUCGCCGCCUACGCCGGUCCACAGAUCCGUCAGCCGAACGCCUUCCAAGCGGCCUGCCACUUCAAUUCAAGCAGCGGCUUUGCAGGUUCGCCAGAAGCGCUGCAGGCUCCCAUGACCGCUUGGCAGAGGGAGAAAGCGAAACAGCAAGAGCUGCGCGCCCAGCUGCCCAGCCCUCAGUCCAGCGCGGCGGCUCCGGGUGGCGUCGACCGACAUCGGCGGGUGUCGGUGGCGAGGGGUUCGUCGCUGGCGACCAAGAGGAGCUCCAUCACCCCCACGUGGAGUGCAGCAGGCAUGCAAAUGGACUACCACGCGUUCGACAGAGAGGUCAGUCAAGGCGCGGCCUCCUCACGCGGUGCGACUCCACGCUUCAGCUCACAGGAGAAAAACGCCUCGAUGCGGGCUUCCUUCAGCCCGGCAGCACGCGGAUACACGCCUCAGGUCCCACCUGCGGCGCAGCAGUGCCAAGUGGCCCAGACGGGCACCCCCCGUCUGCCGCCCACGAAUCGACCUCACCCGGGCAUGCUCGCCCCCGCGGGCUCCACCCAACCCUGGAGUGGGCAGCAGGGCGGACCGCAGGCGCUGCACAUGGGCGCACAGGGCCGACCUCAGCCGAUGCCGAUGCCAUACGCGGCCAGCCCGCUUCAGAACGCAGCUGGUGCGCACCCAGUGAACGCUCCGGCAGCGCCGUAUCAUAUGGGUUCGACGAGUCUCCCGGCGGGCCUUCCGUCAUACCCCAGCAAUCCCAACCAGGCGCAGGCAAUGAUGAACGUUAACGCGCGUGGCCAGCAGCAGCAGCCCCCGCAAGCGCGGCCUCUCGCUGGGGCUCCAGUGCAACCGGUGAUGUGCGGUGCACCUGCCUUCGCCCCUCAUAUGAUGCUUCCGAACGCAGCCAGCCGUCCUGACUACCCGAUGUGGUCCAGCCUCCAGAGCAGCGCCGCGGGCGCGGCUGCCCCAGGCUCCUACGCGCAGCCGAAUCCGGCGGUGGUCGCCGGUCUCAACAGCCGGAGCGCAGCUGAGGGUCCGAACACCACACUGCCGGCCGGAACAGAGUCGCAGUACCCUGUGUACCCCUCUGUGUCCCGGGCUGUCUCACUCGCUCCUCAGAACGGAGCUCAGUUCGCUCCGGACUUUGCCUCGUACCCGCAAGCCCCUACGAACGCCCCCCAGGCGACUCCUCGGCCGAAAUAUUCUGUGCAAGGAGAAGUGGACGCCGUGAACUCUGCGCCAGCAGCUCCGAGAGCAGCCGGUGGCGCCGUCCUAGCCGCUCCUCCUCAGCCUGCGAUGGUGAAAAACAACCAGCGGGCUCCCAGCGGAGCUCCUGCGCCGACACUGCCCAGACUUGCCGGAGGCGCGAUGCUGAAGGUGGGACUCAGCGGCCACGACGGAUUUGCGGAUUUCGCCGCCACCGCCAAACAACUCCAGCGGACGACGAUGGUGGGACUCCGAGCCUAG